GAUGGUUGUCUGGUUAUAUUGUUAUAUUACAGCCACUCAGGAGUGAUGACUGUCAGUGUAACACCUGGGAUGUGUUGGAGUAGCCAGUGGGAAGACGACAGUCUCCGUGUACAACCAUUGCCGAUGUAUCUCCUGCGCAUUAUUCAGUAAUAAUGUAUAAACAUAUAUAUUGGAAAGUUAGUAAGAGACAUACAAGAACUAAAUCAAGAUUAAUUGUGCUAUGAUUUUGAUAAGAAAUCAAUACCAAUGUGUGCAGUGUGUGUGAAUUCGUAAUGGGAUCGUGUUGUUGCAAGCCGCAAGCAGAGCCAGGGGGUAAUGAUGACAUUUUCAUCAAUAGAGAGGAUAUAGAGUUCAUCUCAGGAUCUGGUAGCGAGGAUGGCAUCAACAGUGCCGCACUCUCCAGUAUUGCAGACAAGUACGUGUUGGACACUGUGGCCGUCAUAAGAACUUUAGUUGACAACGAUCAGGACCCUCCACCGUCAAUGCUUAAGCUGCAUUCUAUAGCGGAUAAAGAAGCUGGUUGGCUGGUGGUGGUGCGGUCUAUGGUGCAAGUAAUUCCCCUCAACGACCCCCUUGGACCAGCUGUCAUCACGCUCCUGCUGGAUGACUGUCCACUACCAAGCAAGGAAACUGUAGUUCAUCUGAGCAAGUUUUUGGAGUUGAGUAGAAUGAGUGCAGGAGAGAGCUGGAAAGAUCCUCGCCUCCAUCGAAACAUCUGCGUUGUGUUGGGAUGCAUUGCUGAGAAGCUUGCUGGACCAGCCUCCAUAGCUCUGCUUACACACACUACCCUUGAGUACCUGGUGGCUCACCUGAAUGAAAAUAAUCACCCUUGUGUCAUCCUCUUUGCAUUGAUAGCCCUCGAAAAAUUUGCCCAAACUAGCGAGAACAAGACAAGUAUUGGCAAGUGUCUUAGUCAAGGUCUUAACAACCCACUUAGGACUCUAGAAUCAUGGAUGAAUCACACGGAUUUUGUGCACCGUCAAGUUGGUUUCUGCGCACAGUGGUGUCUUGAUAAUUUGUUUAUCUGCGAAGGCCGUCCAUACUCCUAUGAAAGCAUUGACACAGCUCACCUUAAUGCAAUGUUGAAUAGUAAUGAUGUUAGUGAAUACCUCAAAAUCUCUCCAGAUGGAUUGCAAGCACGCUGUGAUGCAUCAUCCUUCGAGAGCGUUCGGUGUACUUUUCAAGUUGAUUCUGGAGUGUGGUAUUACGAGGCGACCAUCAUAACUGCUGGUGUCAUGCAGAUUGGCUGGGCUACAAAAGACAGCAAGUUUCUUAACCAUGAAGGUUAUGGAAUAGGUGACGACGAGGUUUCUGUAGCGUAUGAUGGAUGUAGACAAUUGUUCUGGCAUAAUGCACAGAGUCAGUCUCACACGCAUCCCAGUUGGCAGCCUGGUGAUGUGCUGGGCUCACUCCUUGACCUAAACAAUGCUCAGGUCAUCUUUUAUCUUAAUGGCGACCCUCUACCACCUCUCACCCAGGUCUUUAAAAAUGCCACGUGUGGAUUCUUUGCUGCUGCCAGCUUCAUGUCCUUCCAACAGUGCGAGUUCAACUUUGGCAAGAAGUCGUUCAUUUACCCCCCUAAGGACAUUCCCUUCCAGAGCUUCAAUGACCACGCAUAUCUCAAAGAAAGUGAGAAGAUUAUAUUACCCAGACAUAUCCAACUGCAGAAGCUGCGAGCGAUGAGCGUUGAAGAAGGAGCGUGUACUCUCUGUUUUGAUGAGAGUGCUGCGAUUACCCUCCUUCCGUGUGCACACAGAGGGUUCUGCAACAGGUGUGCUCUACAAUUAGAUUAUUGCCCCAUGUGUCGACGACACAUUGAAGAGAGAAGAGAAGUAGAUCAGAAGUCUAAUACUGAGGAGGAAGUCACAUGACCCUGUGGAAUUGAUGGAUGCCAUUGACGACAUUUCCAUCAUUGAUAACUGCAUCCCAGAUAUCAGCUAAACACACGACUAUAUAAAGUUAUCCCAGUGACUGUAUGGUGAGGCGCUGGCUCUCGUAUACAGUACACAAUUUUUGCUGACUAUUGAUUCUAAAUUGGUCAGGUGAAGUGAUGUUACAGCCAGUUGAAGUUAAAUCCAGACUAAUUUAGCACAACCUUUCUGGAGAUGCAACAUUUUAACAUUUUUUUUUUAUCAAAUUUUACAUGUUGUAUAAAUGAUUAACAUUCAUAUGCGGUGGUUGGCCAUGCAUUAUCCUUUGUCUAAAUACCUUCCAUAAGGUUUAAAUAUUUUGUAAUAUAAAAGAUUCAUAGAUUUUCAUUGUAGACAUUAAUAUAUUGAAUGACCUGUUGCCAGUACAAUAUA